UUGAUAAUAGUGAUAAAUAAGAGUAUAUUAUAUGUAAUAAAACUUUUCGUUCGGCUGAUAAAAAGAGACGGAUUUACACAUUGUAAAUUUCAUGUAAGAAGACUAUUAGCUAUUUUGCAGAGUUAAAUGUGUAUGAACAAAAUAUAUUUAGUUACUUUAUACUGCACUGAGAAUAUAAAUAUUACUUUAUAAAUAUGGCAACAUCGCGAGAUUACAGUAAAUCAGUGAUAGCCGCAUCGGACGAAAUCAAGGACAUAUUUUGUGAACCCUGUGUUGGUGAUGGAAAACAGAUAGAAGCAGAAGGAUUCUGCGUGGACUGUUCAGAGUAUCUGUGUGGACAAUGUUAUAACAGUCACGGGAGAUUUAAAGCGUUCAAACACCAUGUGCUCCAGGAUAAGAAAAAUAUGCCUGUUGAUGUAGCAAGAACAGGUGUACUUGAUGUGUGCGUAGAAAAGUGUUCUAAACAUCCAUCAAAGGUUACUGAAUACUUUUGUCGGUCAUGUGACACACUUGGAUGUAGUGCGUGCAUCACUACAAACCAUCGCGUAUGCCAAAAUGUCGACCACGUGCCGGACAUUGUUGUUGACCUAGAAAAACACGAGGAAUUCCAAAAGUUUGCUGAAUAUUUCGAUAAAAAACAUACGUUGCUAAAAGAAAGAAAGGACAAAAUUAAUUCAAGAAAAACAGAAGUACAGGACAUGAAAAAGCAUGCAAAGGCAGAGCUUAAAAAGCAGCGUGAUGAGAUUAACAAGUUUUUCGACCACCUUGAGGCCGAAAUGGACAAGAAGAUAACGAGCAUUGACAAAAAUAACAAGGAUACACUAAAAGCAGCAUCAGACAGGUGUAAUAUCAUAAAUGAUGAAUUAAACAAAAUGAAAACUGCUGUCGAGACAAACAGAAAAAAUGGGCAAAAAUGUGAACUCUUCAUAAAAAUGAAAAGAUCGAAACCGGAAAUUAAAAAGCUUGACAGUCAGUUUGAAAUGCUAUAUGAAGCGAGCAAGGUACAAAGAUAUAAACUAGUACAAUCCACACAGAUAGAGGAAAUAAUGAAAAACACAACUGAAAUAUGCAGAAUGUUAACUGCAAAACUUGUUUCAGAGAUUGAUGUAAGCUCUUGCAAAGACAAGAUAAAACCACGUAUAGAAGGGAUGUCAGUGGUACAAGGACAUUACCUUACUGUUACAGACAGUAGCAACAAAGCAGUGAAAAUAAUAGAUACAAGAAAUGGCAGAGUAACGUCUGAAAUAACUUUAGAUUGUGAUUAUGUUGGGACAGUCACAAAUGCCAAGAGCGGGCAAAUUGUAGUUUCACUGACAUCUCAUGAACCUGAAUACCAGAGUAAUCUUCUCACACUGACUGUAUCAGCGUCUGGUGUGCUAAGUAAAGGUAACGUGAUAACAACAGAAAGACCGACUUACGAUGUUGUUGGCAUUGCACAACAUCUCUAUGUGUUACAUCGCGAUGAAAUGAUAGUGCUCGAUAUGCAUGGAAAUGUUCUGAAAACAAUAGGUUGUGACUGCAGUUUCCUUCCUUCCAUAGCUGCAAGUCCUGACAAGAAAACCAUGUACUUAACAGACUAUUUCAAUAACAGUGUAACGAGUAUGACCACCGUGGAAUGCAAGAUCACAGCAACCUACAAGGAUAAGGAUCUAGAUAAACCCUUUGGUGUAACAGUAGACGACGAGGGCUUUGUUUAUGUAAGAAGUAAGGGAGGCAUUCAUCAAUUGACAAAGGACUGUACUAAGGUUCAAAUUAUCUCAGACGACGUGCUUAGUAGAGUCAUAACCCAUUCUGAUGCAGAUAAUAGACUCUAUGUGGGAGAACUUGAGAAAGUGAAAGUGUAUGAACUGAAGUAGUACGUUACAAUCAAAGUUCAAAAAUGUAAAUAUUAGACCCUCUGCAGGAUGCUUCAGACAUGUAUACUAUCGACCCAAUAAAGAAGAUUUCUGAAUAAUAGGACAUGUCGAUCUAUAACACUUUCAAGUUAAAAUACUAUGAAAUUCUUGAAAUAGUGAAAGCAGUAUCUUAUUAUUGAAACUAAAUAUUUGAUAAUUCCCCAUAUCUGUUAAUCUUCUGUCGAUAAUGAAAAUGAAAUUUGCUGUUUGAAUAUUUCAAACAAGUAAAAUAACCGUAAGGUGAACCAAAAAUUGACGAGUUUUGACUAAACUUGUACUGUAUAUUCUAAACUUAAAUUCACCUCGUUCUAACGUUGAAGUAAUUUUGUUGUGAUUUUCCUGCCUUAUAACGAAAUCCGUUUGCUCAAUGUCAUUAUAGACUAAUUGUGCAUUAGUUUAUUUAAUUCUCUUAAUAAUCAUUCACGUGCUACGUCGCCGUGUAAUUAAAUACAUUUAAAGGCGUACGCUAGAAUUUCCUGUAUAUGAGAUGGGCGAAAAUUUUCCCAAUAACAGAAUUUCUUUAAACUUUGGAUAUUGAAGGACAAUCAUCU